AUGACUUCAACAGUGGUUGGUAAUAAAAGGCCUAUAGAGCAGGUUGACGAUGAGUUGCUUUCAUUGACUGCCCAACAGGAAAACGAACAGCAACAGCAACAGAGAAAGCGCAGACGCCACCAGUUUGCUCCUAUGACUCAAUUCAGCAAUAAUACGCUGGAUGAAGAAGACAGUGGCAUCAGGAGCAAUUCCGAGACUACAGUGGCGGAUAACGAUGCCUUUUUGGAGGAAUCGCCUUCUGGAUAUAUCAAAAAAGUAAUCUUAAGAAACUUUAUGUGCCAUGAACACUUUGAACUUGAGCUAGGUUCCCGAUUAAAUUUUAUUGUCGGUAACAACGGUAGUGGUAAAAGUGCCAUAUUGACUGCUAUUACUAUUGGUUUGGGAGCCAAGGCAAGUGAGACCAAUAGAGGCUCGUCUUUAAAGGACUUGAUUCGAGAAGGCUGCUAUUCUGCCAAAAUUACUCUUCAUCUAGACAAUAGCAAGUAUGGUGCCUAUCAACAAGGAACUUUUGGUAAUGAAAUUAUAGUAGAGAGAACAAUCAAGAGAGAUGGACCUGCCUCUUUUAGUUUGAAAUCUGAAAACGGGAAGGAGAUCAGCAGUAAGAAAAAAGAUAUUCAAACUGUAGUGGACUAUUUUUCUGUUCCUGUAAGUAACCCAAUGUGUUUUUUAUCACAAGAUGCAGCCCGGUCUUUCCUAACUGCUAGCACUUCUCAAGAUAAAUAUAGCCAUUUUAUGAAAGGGACUUUACUGCAAGAAAUCACUGAAAAUUUGGUUUAUGCCAGUGCCAUUCAUGAUAGUGCACAGGAAAACAUGGGACUGCAUUUAGAAAAUUUGAAGUCUUUGAAGGCCGAAUAUGAAGAUGCUAAGAAAUUGUUACGAGAGUUGAAUCAGACUUCAGACUUAAGCGAGAGAAAAAUGCUUUUACAAGCGAAAUCAUUAUGGAUUGAUAUUGCGCAUAACACGGAUGCCUGCAAAAACUUGGAAGAUGAGAUCAGUGGUAUUCAGCACAAAAUCGAUGAAAUUUCUGAGAAAAUUAACAGCAGGCAAGAAAAGAUUGAACGUUACACAUCUGACGGUGCAACUGUUGAAGGAGAAAUCGAUUCCAAGGUCGUAUAUGUUAAUGAAAAGGAUAGCGAUCAUCAAAAUGCAAGGCAGCUAUUAAGGGACGUUAAGAGUAGGUUUGAAAAGGAAAAAAGUAAUCAAGCUGAAGCGGAAAGUAAUAUUGAUCAAGGUAAGAAAAAAGUCAAUGCUUUAAAUAAAACAAUUGCUCAUUUGGAAGAGGAACUGACGAAAGAAAUGGGGGGUGAUAAAGAUCAGAUGAGAAAGGAACUUGAACAAUUAGAAAAAGAUAAUGAAAAAUUGAGAGAUGUUAAUAAUUCUCUGGUUGUUAAUUUACAAGAUUCACAGAACGAAGAAAAAGACAUUCAGCAUGAACGUGAAUCAGAAUUGAGAAUCGCUACGCGUAGCAUUCAAAACAAAAAAAUAGAGUUACAGAAUAUUGCCAAAGGUAAUGAUACUUUCUUAAUGAACUUCGAUCGUAACAUGGAUAUGCUUCUGAGGACCAUAGAACAAAGAAAAAACGAGUUUCAAACUCCUCCAAUCGGGCCAUUGGGUUCCUUUGUAACUAUCAAAAAAGAUUUCGAGAAGUGGGCACGUUCUAUCCAAAGAGCCAUAUCAUCUUCCUUGAAUUCAUUUGUUGUGUCGAACGCAAAGGAUAAUAGGCUAUUCAGGGACAUUAUAAGGUCAUGCGGUAUAAGAAGCAAUAUCCCUAUUGUUACCUAUCGUUUAAAUCAAUUCGAUUAUUCAAGAGGUAAGGCACACGGUAACUAUCCAACCAUAGUGGACGCGCUGGAUUUUACAAARCCAGAAAUUGAGUGCCUAUUCGUUGAUUUAAGUAAAAUUGAAAAAAUAGUGUUGAUAGCUGAUAAAAAUGAAGCUAGAAAUUUCUUACAGAGAACUCCGGCAAAUGUUAAUAUGGCUUUGUCGUUGAGAGAUAGACGUAGUGGUUUCCAACUUUCAGGUGGCUAUAGGCUAGAUACGGUUACGUAUCAAGAUAAAAUCAGGUUAAAGGUUAAUUCAUCAUCCGAUAAUGGGGCCAGCUAUUUGCAGGACCUGAUUGAACAAGAGACCAAAGAAAUACAACAUAUACGAGAUCGUUAUGAGGAGAAAUUGGGUGUUGUAAGGUUAAAAAUAAAUGAAAUAGAUGUUCGACUCAGAAACACAAAAAAUGAAAUGAGAAAAACUAAUUCGAGAAUCACGGAAUUGAAAAUGAAUGUUGGGAAAGUAGUCGAUACAGGUAUACUGAAUUCGAAAAUCAAUGAGAGGAAAAAUCAAGAACAAGCCAUCGCCGGUUACGAAGCUGCUAAAGAAGAACUUGGGUUGAAGAUUGAACAAAUUGCACAAGAAGCUCAACCCAUCAAAGAGCAAUACGAUUCUACAAAAUUAGCUCUGGUGGAAGCGCAGGAUGAAUUACAGCAACUAAAGGAAGACAUCAACAGUCGUCAAUCCAAGAUACAAAAAUUCAAAGAUGAUAUUGUUUAUUACCAAGAUAAAAAGAAAUCUUAUCAGGAAAAUAUAAAAAAAAUUGAAGCCAAUGUAGCGGUAUUAAAUGAAGGUAUACAAAAACAGAUUGAAAAUGCUUGUGGAUUUUGUUCAAAGGAGCAACUGGAAGGUGUCGACUUACCGGAUACUCAAGAUGAAAUCAAACGUGAACUGGAAAAAGUCUCGAGGAUGAUCCAAAAGGCUGAGAAAAGCUUAGGGUUGUCACAGGAAGAGGUUAUUGAGCUAUUUGAGAAAUGUAGAAAUAAAUACAAAGAAGGUCAAAAGAAAUACGUGGAGAUAGACGAGGCACUAAACAGGUUGCAUAAUUCCCUAAAAGCUCGUGACCAGAACUACAAAAAUGCAGAAAAGGGAACAUGCUUUGACGCAGACAUGGAUUUCCGUGCAUCCUUGAAAGUUCGAAAAUUCUCUGGGAACCUUUCUUUCAUCAAAGAUACCAAGAGCUUAGAGAUAUAUAUCUUAACCACUAACGAUGAAAAAGCAAGGAAUGUAGACACUUUAUCUGGUGGUGAAAAGUCCUUUUCCCAAAUGGCAUUGUUAUUGGCUACAUGGAAACCUAUGCGUUCUAGGAUUAUUGCAUUGGACGAGUUCGACGUUUUCAUGGAUCAAGUGAAUAGAAAGAUUGGUACCACUCUAAUAGUCAAAAAGCUAAAAGAUAUUGCAAGAACUCAAACUAUUAUCAUUACUCCUCAAGACAUCGGGAAAAUUGCUGAUAUCGACAGUUCCGGUGUUAGUAUACACAAAAUGAGAGAUCCUGAACGACAAAAUAACUCCAACUUUUAUAAUUAA